AUGGAACACCGAAAGAUUCCCAAGGAUCCCUCAGUUGCUAGGGUUUUUACCAUUGGCACGGGGCCCUCUGAGCAGUACAAUGCUCUCGUUCCCAGCGAUCCACUCAAGGACUGGGAGGAUUGGUAUCUCUGGUGCCCCCUGCCCAUGGGCUCCUACUACGCCGCAGACCUUCUCAAGAUGAUGCUUGUGGUGAUGGAUACAGAUUUGUGUGUCCUUGUGAACCAAAAGGUCAAUAAGAUGCCCCAGUACAACAGUGGCAUCUAUUGGAUCAUGGAUUUGACUAAGAGGGACUGGAGGGAUGGUCUCCCUGGGAUCAUGAACAGGGCUCGAUCUGAGAUCGAGGAGGUGCUGAAGAAGGAGCGGUUCCCCGCGGACGAGAAAGUUCGGAUCCAGGAAGAAGUGGAGGAUGGAUUUCAAGACUGGAUGCGUGAGAGAAGCCAAAAAGGCCUAUAUACUGGGCCGGGUAAUUCAUCUGCAUCGGAUUCGGAAUCAUCAGCUCCUCCGCUUCCUCGCCGUUCUAGUAAUAGGCCUUCCAGGGCUAUUCCAAUCAUUGAUCCCCGAACCGUUCAGAAAGACAGUUCUAAGGACGGUGAAAGCAGUGAAUCUGCGAAGGACUCUAAACCCGUUGCAGAGAGCAGCAAAGCGGCGUCUUCUAAAGCCGAUGGUAGCAGCGCUACCAAGGGACCUGAUAAGAAGACUGAAAAAGGUAGCUCUGCGAGCCAGCCGAAGGCUGCUCAGGGCGUCCCUCCACGACGUCCGUCUAAAGCUAUCCCCAUUGUGAAUCCUGCUGAUGUCCCUGACAAAGCUCCCCAAGCUUCUGCUCAUACUGCUGUCACUAGCACUCCUCGCCAUGCCUUGCCUCCGCGUCCCCCUCCUCCCAUCCGGGAUGCUUAUUCGGGUAACCCUCAUGGUGCGGCUCGAGUUGGCGUCGCGCCUGUGCCUCCUAACGCGGUCCAUAUCCCGCCUGUCACUAUUACUCCACCUCCUGGCCCUGGUACUGCCAGGCGCUUUCCAAUUGGUCCUCCCGCCGUCAACAUGGGUCCUCAACGCGGCCUCCAUCCGCCUCCUGCCCCCGGCAUUCCCCCCGGUGGCUUUCCAUAUGGUGCUUCUUCCCCCUUCAACAGGGCUAUGCCUCGAACCGCCAAUCCGUACCCCAAUCCUCCUAUCGUUACCCCCGGCGGACCAGUCCCGACUCCUCAUGGUAACUCUCACCUUCGCCAGAUGAGGCCCCCUGUCCACGGCCCUCCGUACGGCCCUCAGCGCACUCCCUUUCCAUGCCUUUCUCCCCGCACGCACUCCAUCGCUCCUCGUGUUAAUCAUAUGCCGCUUCGUUCUCGAGGGUACGUUCCAUCUCCCCUCGGUCAUGGUGCUCAUCGGGUAACGACUCCCCAGGGCCGUGGGGUUGAUAGGGCGAUUCCCGAGGGAACUCCUACCGGUCCUCGGAGCAACAUUCCUUCCCGAGCCCCAGGUACGACUGCCUCUCGCACUGAAACUCCGACUCCUCAGACGGAAGAGGGCGACAAGACUGAUCCCCAGGAAACUCCAACGGGUUCUCGAGACCAGAGUCACGAUAAUACUCCUCCUCCUGACGCUCCGACGGGUCCUCGAAACCCUGAUGCUCCGAUUAUUUACCCCGUGGUCCAGAAUUGCGGGUGUAAUACUGCGAGCUUGGGUGACUAUAUCGAUGCUUCGCAGGCAAAGGCAGAUGCUAAAAAAGCUCAUAAAUGUCAGAAGAAAGCCGAGAAGAAAGACGACAAGAACCCAGGAAGCUCGAAAGAAGAUGAGUGA